CUGAUUACAGAAAAACCACUUAACAAAAGAUGUCUUCAAUUGCUUCAACCUCAGCAAAAAUGGCGUCAAUCGCCUCCAUCAGUAAAUUACCUUGCAAUUCCUUGAAGAAUUCGUCUCAGAACUCUAAAUCAGCGCCGAUUGUUGCCUCGUGUAGCGUUAAUCGGGUCAAGUUUCCGGCGCUCUCGACGGCGAAUUCGGCGAAGGUGAAGCGUGAUUUCUCCGUUCGGUUGGUGAGCGACGAUGAGUGGGGUCCUGACAGCGAGCCUUCCUCCGCCGGAGUGGCGGUUCUGGAGGAGAAGCCGUCGGAAAUUGAUGUAUUAAAGAAGCAAUUGGUGGAUUCGUUUUACGGAACGAACAGGGGAUUGAGUGCUUCUAGUGAAACUAGGGCUGAGGUUGUGGAGCUUAUCACGCAGCUCGAGGCCAAAAACCCUACUCCUGCUCCGACUGAGGCUUUGCCCCUACUCAACGGGAAAUGGAUCCUUGCGUACACAACCUUUGCGGGUUUAUUUCCUUUAUUAUCAAGAGGGGCAACAUUCCCACUAGUGAAACUUGAAGAGAUAUCUCAAACCAUUGACGCAGACAAUUUCACUGUCCAAAACUCGGUUCUGUUUUCUGGACCAUUAGCAACCACUGCAAUUACCACCAACGCCAAAUUCGAAGUUCGAAGUCCUAAACGUGUCCAGAUCAAGUUUGAAGGUGGUGUAAUCGGCACACCCCAGUUGACAGAUUCAAUCGUAUUACCAGAAAAUGUCGAGUUUUUAGGACAAAACAUUGAUCUUUCACCCUUCAAAGGCUUGUUCGCCUCUGUACAAGACACAGCUUCCUCUGUGGCCAAGACCAUUUCUAGCCAACCGCCUUUGAAGUUCUCCAUCUCGAAUAAAAACGCAGAAUCAUGGCUGCUUACAACUUACCUCGAUGACGAGCUUCGCAUUUCCAGAGGAGAUGGAGGCAGUAUAUUUGUCCUCAUCAAAGAAGGUAGCCCGCUCUUGACACUUUAAAUAAUUACCCAUCUUUUAAUAUUAUUUUCGGCACUCCUAUGCGUGUAAUAAAACAGUUAUGGGCGAUGAACAAGAACCCAUAUUAGAAACUACAGAGUUAUAUCAUAGUGUGUGUAUACAUAUAUUCGUAUAUAGAUAAAGUAUGUGAAUCUCUCACCUUACAGAUGGUUUACUGUUGUGUAAUUACUGCUUAACUUUCUUGAAAUUUCCUAUUCACUUA